CACCCACCGCCCCGCCCUCACAGGCCCCGCCCCCUGCGCGGUCCUCUAACCCCCGGCGGCUCCUGCUGACUUCGGCGGUGGCGGCGGCGGCGCAGGAACGAUGGCGCUCGCGGCAGUGUGCUUGGCGCUGCUGCUCCUGGGGGGGGACUUCGCAGCCUCUGUGGAGCGAAGAUACGAAGGGCCUAGACCAGCAAAAUGUGACCGGUACCAGUUACCAGGGUGUCCCAAGAACCUGGACCCCGUGUGUGGGAGCGACUUGACCACUUAUGGCAAUGAGUGUCUCCUGUGCCUGAAGAUCUGGGAGAGUGGACGGGACAUUAAAGUCAUCCAAGAGGAGCCGUGCUGAACAGACCGGGACCAAGAUUUCCCAUCUUGCAGAUGGACCCCCCCCUUCAGUAUUGUUUUGCAAGAGAUUUGUUACUCUGUCUAACAGAGAGACAUGGAGGAGAAUUUAGUAGAAAAUCUGUGUUUCUUACUUUUACCCUUGUGCAUUGCUUUUAUUUAGCUGGAAUAAAAACAGCAUAAAUUCA